CCUGGUGACCAACCGACCAUCUCCAGUGCAACUUCUCCUAAAACAAACUACUCAAACUCAAUACAUAUAUACUACUUCUAAUACUCGUCGACUCAACUGUGAAGUUCCUCUAAAAACCCUAACCCUCUCUCUCUCUCUCUCUUCUCUCUCUCUCUCUCUUUCCGCUUCUGUGUUCGCUCUGGCAACCUUUUGCCCUAUGGCACCAUGACCUGGUUCGAUUUCAAGUUCAAAUCUUGAAAUUUAGUUUUCCCUUAAUUAUAUAGACUAUAUAUUCGAAACUUUGAUUUUGUUGGUAGGCGAUCUUUGAUCAGCAGGAACACCAUUCUCCAAGGAAGGAAUAGUGACCUUAUCGAAUCAGCUAGGAGGAAGAACGGUUAAAGCAUAAUCCUUUUUUGGGCUUUCCAGUUUGUAUGAGAAAAGGGAGCAAGGAGUAAGUGUUCCCAUGAGAUUUAGAUUUUCCGGAGCUGUGAGGGGUUAGUGUUAAGCUUUUCCUUCGAUGGCGGAAUGGGUUGGGCCUCGGUUGUACGGUUGCUGUAAUUGCCGAAAUCAUGUUUCCCUUCAUGAUGAUAUCAUUUCUAAAUCUUUUCAGGGGAGAAACGGUCGAGCCUUUUUGUUCUCUCAUGCGAUGAACAUAGUUGUGGGGCCUAAAGAAGACAGACAUCUCAUGACUGGUCUCCACACUGUUGCGGAUGUCUACUGCGGUGAAUGCCGCGAGGUGCUGGGUUGGAAGUAUGAGCGAGCUUAUGAAGAAACUCAGAAAUACAAGGAAGGAAAGUUCAUACUCGAGAAGUCGAAGAUUGUCAAGGAGAACUGGUAGCCUCGUGUGGUACCUGUUUCAUCAGUCUCAUUGGUGGUGUAAGUGUGGAAAAUUCCAAUGCUUACAGUGUUCAUCUUGUACAGAUAAUCUUCUUUGAUUGAAAGAUUUAAGUGAUUUUUUCCUCUCUGUGAAUUCUUGUUCGGAUGUUUAGUCUGGAAGUUGUGUAUUGGAGAGUUGAUUUAUUACUGAAUAAACCUUUGAUUGCCACUUCCGAAUGUGAUAAAAGUUCUGAAUAAA